AUGCAUUUUGCCUACCCUCCGCGCAAAAGCUCGACCCCCCCGCCAUUCCGCCCAAGAUCCGGUCAACUGCCUACCCUCCGCCGGGGGCGCUUACGAACAAUUGCUGUUGGACUGUUGGCAUGCAUAUUGGUGCUGUACUUGAUUUUCAAGCCUAGCAAACAGAGUCCAUACCAUGAACGCCAGCCCGCUGGGACGCCGCCUGUCGUUUUGGUCACUGUUCUUGAUACCAAGCAGUACAGCGCUGGAUAUCUAAAGACUGUCCGCGAGAAUAGAGAGGAGUAUGCCUCAAGACAUGGCUACAAGACGAUCAUCACCGAAGCAAACCAAUAUGACACCGCAGGAGCUCCUACUACCUGGACGAAACUCAUGGCCACGCGCCAUGCGCUUGCGAAAUACCCGGAUUGCAAAUUUGUUUGGUACCUUGACCAGGAUGCCUACAUCAUGAACCCGACACAGUCGCUUGAGGAUCUUGUGCUGCAAUCGAAGCAGCUGGAAUCACUGAUGAUCCGCGGUCAACCUGUUGUGCCACCGGACAGCAUUAUCAAGACAUAUGGUCAUCUUCGUGGAGAGCAUAUCGAUGUCAUUCUAUCACAGGACAAAUCUGGACUUGUACACAACAGCAUCAUUAUCCGCAAUGGAGAAUGGGCCAAGUUUUUCCUCGAAACCUGGCUGGAUCCUCUUUACCGAACCUACAACUUUCAAAAAGCUGAGAGACAUGCCUUGGAACACAUUGUGCAGUGGCACCCUACGGUUUUGUCGAAACUGGCUCUUGUUCCUCAGCGCACGUUUGCUUCUUAUUCAAAGCCAACGCUCGGUGAACAAUAUCAGGAGGGUGACUUUGUCGUCAUGCUCGCUGGCUGCUCAAACAUUGGCCCCGAGAGCUGCGAGGUUGAAUCAGGCCGCUUCUGGGAGAAGUGGAAGGCCAGCUUUGGCUGA